AUGCCUAAGAGCGACACGUGGCCGGGCGGCGCCCUGGACCCAGCGGCCGGCAUGGACAGCGCCGGGAGCUGGGACAGUGUGGUCAGUGUCACCUCUGGAUGUAGCGACGACAGCAUGGACUUCCUGUCUGCCGAGGAGCGGGCCUGUCUCAUGUUCCUGGAGGAGACCAUCGACUCCCUGGACACCGAGGAGGACAGCGGACUGUCCAACGAUGAACCGGACCAGCCGCUCCCAGGGAACCUCCACACCAAGAUGGCCAAGCUGUCCGCCUCCAUGGACCACAGCAGACUGAGCGGUGCUCGGCAACAAGACUUGAUACAUUUUAUGAACAUUCCUGAGGACCACAAACCCGUCCACAGCUUCCUGGUUCCCACUCCACUGCUGGUGGCCAGUAGCACGACCCACGCCCUGCCAGAUUCUAAAACACCAGAGUUUAAGAAGAGCUCUCCAGCAAGGUCCCAGAUCAAUGCUUUACCCAGCCACCCACCACCAUGGCACUCUCCUCCUCAUGCUCCCUCCGAGAUCAACGUUGUGGUGAUCCCUCCCCCCAUUAAACCAAAGAGCUUCUUGAGUCGGAUCGGGGAAACGCCGCCGCCGCGCGGACCCCUCUCCUACGACGCCCUCGUUUAUCUCCGGAGGAGCGCCUCGGCCAAGAAGUCUCCGCUACGUCCCCCGGUCGACCACACGCUAGGCGAGGCGCAGCCCCCUUUCUCCACGGCAAACCAGAACCACAAGGACCUCGCCAGAGCUCCUUCCACUGCUUCUGCUCACAAGGUACUCGAUAGACCUCGCACCGGUCCGCCCGUCGUUGCCCCGAAGCCUUCCAAAGCCCCUCCGAGUGAGUUCCCGCCAGCCUCCAAUGGAACCCCAUCCCCCACAUCCCCGUCGGCCGACUCUAUCGCUGGCAAACGCUUCCCCGAUCCGCAGAAGGUCAGGAAGGAAGCCCUGCAGAAGCUUGGCCUGCUCAAAGAAGAGCGAGAACCAAAGACCGGUCCGACGACAUCACUGUCCCACACUCACUCCCAGCCUGCUCUUGACCCGGUAUCCAAGAGGGGGGUGAGGGCUCCGGUCUCCAGUAACCCGUCGGUUCCCCACUGUCAGGUCCCCAAGGAGACGCAGGGCCGGUCUGUUCAGAGCAGCGCCAGUUUCCACCACUGCCCACCGAGGCGUGGGCAAAACUUUCUCUCUGACAGCUCUGACACCAACGUCCCCCGCCCACAGCAGCCGAGAGCAGGCGCUGCGGAGAACCACGGACCUUCUCUGUCACGCUCCGUUUCUAUGGGUGUCCAGAGCAGCAGUGAAGAUGGACACGGACACUUCCAGCAUAAGGCGGUGCACAUGAAAGUGUCAGAGCCCAUAAGAAGAACCGCCCCCGCCAGAGCCCAACCCACACCCAGCAAGAGGUCAGCCGCGGUGGGCUUGGCCAUGCUCCCCGGCAUGGGGGCCGACCGGAAGGAAGCCCUGAGGAAGUUGGGGUUGCUGAAAGACUAG